CUAGUUCUUCUGCUUGUCCUGUCAUUGCAGACUCAUGCAGCUCCAAAAGAAAGGUGCAAAUUUUGAUUCCAAAAUAAAAGUGAAGAGGUGAAGAGGUGCUGAAAGAACCCAGUAUCCAGACUGCAUUCUUCAUUUCAAGGAGAAGCUGGCUGCUUGACUUCUUAUACCUACAAACAAGGUUAUGUAUAAUGAAGAUGAAAAACAAAACUUUCAGAAAGUGACCUCUACCGAUAAGGUGAGCACUGAGACCUCAUGACCCUGCUAUAAGUGGUGGAUUCCGCGAGAAUGUUAAAUCAUCACUGCCGAAGGAACCCUGAGCUACAGGAAGAGUUGCAGAUUCAGGCUGCAGUGGCUGCCGGGGAUGUUCACACGGUGCGCAAGAUGUUAGAGCAGGGCUAUUCUCCAAAUGGCCGAGAUGCCAACGGUUGGACUUUGCUUCAUUUUUCAGCAGCAAGAGGGAAAGAAAGAUGCGUUCGUGUAUUCCUCGAACAUGGAGCUGACCCGACAGUGAAAGACUUAAUUGGAGGCUUCACUGCUCUGCAUUACGCAGCCAUGCAUGGCCGAGCCCGGAUUGCACGCUUGAUGCUGGAAUCGGACUACCGUGUUGACAUCAUUAAUGCAAAGAGCAACGAUGGCUGGACUCCCCUGCAUGUGGCGGCUCAUUAUGGCAGAGACUCAUUUGUACGACUCCUAUUGGAGUUCAAGGCUGAGGUUGACCCGCUCAGUGACAAAGGUACUACGCCACUUCAGCUGGCCAUUAUCCGCGAGAGGUCCAGCUGUGUCAAAAUACUCCUCGAUCACAAUGCCAAUAUUGACAUUCAGAAUGGCUUCCUCUUACGUUACGCUGUGAUCAAAAGCAAUCAUUCCUAUUGCCGGAUGUUUCUUCAGAGAGGAGCAGAUACAAACUUGGGGCGUUUAGAAGAUGGACAGACACCGUUGCACUUAUCGGCUCUUAGGGAUGAUGUGCUCUGCGCACAGAUGCUAUAUAACUAUGGUGCAGACACUAAUACAAGGAACUAUGAAGGACAAACUCCACUGGCAGUUUCAAUAAGUAUUUCUGGAAGUAGCCGACCUUGUUUGGAUUUCCUGCAGGAAGUAACACGACAACCACGGAACUUGCAAGAUCUAUGCCGAAUUAAAAUCCGCCAAUGUAUAGGCCUUCAAAACCUCAAACUACUUGAUGAACUACCAAUUGCCAAGGUCAUGAAAGACUACUUAAAACACAAAUUUGAUGAUAUUUGACGUUUUGCAAAAGACAGUGGACAAUAAGCAAGAUUCGUUUAUAUUCCAGAUACCUUUCAAAGGCUGGUUACCUUGCACAACGUAUAUCCUAUGCAAUUUCUGAUUUUAUUGUGUGUUUUCCGAGAAGUCAGAAGGCAGGUAUACAAUUCCUUAAGGGGAAGAGGUGUUUUAUACCAAAUGUUAGAAGGUCUUAAUUUUUUUAUUUCUUGGUCCAAGUUUACAGGAUUUCAAAGUUUCUAAACAACUCUGCAAUUGUGGAUCUUGUUCAUGUUUCCCUUCUUUUCUUUUUGCAGGGGGGGGGUUGUUUGUUUUUCAAAAUAUCACCUCUGAAAACUUAAACAUGCAGCUUUGAAUGAAGAACACUGGCUAUUGAAAGCCUUCCCCCAACCCCCAGGUAGCACAUGUAAUACUGUGAGAUAGUGGAAUUAAUACUAAACAGGCUAAGGAUUGGAGCCUUGAGGGAGCAGUCAGCCCAGUAAUCAGCUGUUGUGUCCAUCUGUUUGUGGGGAAUCCCAGCCAGACCCCUUUGAAAUAAAGAGGCGGCAUAGCAAUUGUACUUGGUGUUUCACCCAUUAGUACUGCUCCUGUAAAGGGAGAAAUAUGGGUGUCUGUAUAUGCGCCAUGAGGAGUCCUGACAAUUGAGUGGAUUCCAUGUGAGCAUAGCUCUGCCCAGAACAUUUCUCCGAAUCAUGGCUCAGGCUUGUCAGUAGAGUGUUCAGAGUUUACUUAGAAACAUGUCAACUCUUUGGAAACAUUGCCACGUUCACUUUUUCCAAAAAGUAUAAGUUGGAUCCUUAACAUUAUUAUUGCUGUUCAGAAGUCCAUAUGCCUUGCCCCUCCUUUGAUGCCAGUAUGUGGGUUGCUGUUUGUAAUUAAGUUUUACACUGCUCAGAUGCCUCUGUGGUCUCUGUAUUAUUAUUUUUCUCCUAUAAAAGCAUUAACAGAAAGCAAAUCUAAUUUCAAAGCCAUUGCAUACUGUUUCUCAUAUAGUGUCUCAUGUGCAAUUUUUUUCCAUUUUAUGUUUUCUCCAUCACAUGUGACUUUCACCCGUUCGUACCCCUGGCCUCAAUGUGAUGUUUGUGGCUAUUCAGAUUUCUUCAUUAUUACUGAAGUUUCUAUUAUCCCCUCCCAAAUUUCAGAGAUAACUGAAGCAAGCUAAUGGGCUCACUUUGAUCAGACUUCUGUUUUCCCAAGUAAGAAGUCAAAUUCUAGUCCUAAAAAUCUAAUUUGGCAAUUUGUUCUUAAUUCUUUUUAGGGAGGCUGUAUAAUUUGCUUUGGGCUGAUUAAAACUCCUACUUUGCUCAUAUGCACUAUGUGAAGAUUGUGCACAGCACAGAAUACCUGCUAAUACGAAGUAUAAUCACCCAUAUGUAUCUUGCCUACACACUAAGCUGUGUAAACAUGAAAUCUCAAAUUUGCACAUUUGAAUGUAAACUCUGUGUGUUCAAUAGGUCUGUUGAACCACAGCUGAUAUUGGGCGUAUCCACAACAAUAUUAGCAUCAAUGCUGCCCCCCCCUGCUUUUGGGAAUUCUAUAUGCAACUCAACCCUAAUGAGACUUUCUCACUGCCAAUAAAAUAAUUGUCUCAUCACAAAUCUAACUUUACAAGGCCCAAUUCCUGCUUUCUAGCUUGAAGCUAUUCCAACAUAAGCUAUGAUGUUGACUACCAUUUAGUAAAGCUCUUUAGCAUUAGUGGGGAGCACCGCAGAUUGGGUUUCUGGAGGCUGUCUAUAUAUCUCAUUGGCGUUAUCAAUAUCUGCCAUGAUCUUGAAAGCUGGACCUCUGGGUUUUGAUUCUGCAUCCAAAUCUCAAACACACUCUUGCCUCAUUUUCUCAAAGGGGAAACAAAAAGCAGAUAAUUAAGGAUCCAUUCUGCUACUUAAUCAGUAGGUCAUAAAAGCAGUAUCUGUUUUCCCAAGUGUCACAUCUCUUGCUGGCUGUGAAUUAAAAAGAACUGUGGUAGCAAAAGCUGAUUUGGUUCUGUUUGUGCUUGGUUUUGAAUAAGCAAGCAAGAAAUGAGUGGCAUUUCAACCAACCAGCUUUUAUUAAUACUGCUUUAGUAAUGGCAGGUGAGAAGUGUGUUUACUGAAACAUAUCAGUUGAACAGCCAGCUAGCUCACCUUAUCUUCAUAACGGGAGCCAUAGGUAAGCCAUCCAUGCUGUAUUUAAUGUGCAGUAGUGAAUGGUAUGGUUUUGGGAGGUUAGGGGCAGGAGGAUCUCAGCUUUCCAAGGAUACAAACCUAAUAAUAACUAUUAAUUUUUGUUCUUCUAGAAGAGAUUUAAAAAGCUCUCCAUUAAUCAGUCUGUUUUGGUUGUUAGGUUCUUUGAUAUCUGAAGGCCCCAGCUCAGAAGAGGUUAGAUAUGCUUUGGUGACGGGGGAAUGGCUCUAGAAUUACAGGUGUGAAUCAGUUUGGCUGGUGUUUUGUUUUGGUAUUUUUUUGGAAAAAGUGAUAGUACAUUCUUAACAGCCUAGUUGUCUCUACUAGUUCAGGGAUCCAUUGUAAGGUGAAUUUUAUUCUGUCUUGCUGCUGUGACAUAAAAAAGUAUAAAUGUCUUGCUGAUAACAAAAGUGCUAUUUAAUGAAAUGUAUAAUUCCAUUUAUUUAUUUGUUUGAGGUCUUUGUCUUUGUGUUUCCCCCCUGUGUUUUUAAAUAGCACACUUUUAUAAAAUAGACCAUAAAACUAAAAUCCCUCAAACCUA